GAACUCGCUGAGUACGAACCGUCCUACUACACGGACUACGUGAAGGAAGAACCUGAAGAAGUGCAGCAGCAGAGGACCCCGAGUGGCUUCAUCCCGAUGUACACUGGAACCGAGAAGCGUCUGCCUGGAGGUCCUGUAUUUGGCUGGAGCGUCGGUGCCCAGCAAGGAGGCUACGGCGGCUGGGGAACGGUGCCGAAGCCCACGGUGAAGAUGGGACGGAAGGUGAAAGUGGAGCCUACAGCGAAGUCCCAACCUACGAGACCGGUGAAGACCCACUCGACGGGACCGGUGAAGACAGUCGUGCACUACAAAGCACCUGUCAGAACUGCGGUCCGAUUCCACAACCUGUUCCUCAGCCGAACGGCUGACCAGCUCUGGGAACGGUUGCAGUCCGCUCACCGUGAGCGUGGCGAAUCCGUUGAGGAGUGGGGUGACCGUGUGACGGACCUCUGUGACUCGUUAGACUAUCCGAACAGGAAGAUGAGAUAUCAGCUGUCCCGUCGCGGACUCCGAAACAAGCGCAUAUUGGCAUGUCUCGACUCGGGACCGGCGCGCGACAUUCCGGAGGCCUGCGAAUGGCUAUUGGCCAAGGAGAUGUCACGUCCCAUUGAAGAAGACGACGAGCUCUCGGACGAGACGAAGAAGUCGAGCGGGAGCGAUGCCUCACCCGCGAACGAUCCGAUGGCGGCUGUGGGCGUGCUUGCGGAGAAGAUGACGACGUUCAUGACACAGCAACAGCAGUGGCAGCAGCAGAUGAUGCAGAACCGCUGGCAGCCUCCGCGCUCGCCGCGGAACCGCAUGCCCAACGUUUCGGCUACGACUUCGAAUCCUGGCGUUGGAAUGAACGGUCAAGGUCCUCGUGGGAACGGUCGACCGGUCCGAGGAAUCCGUAUGGGAGCUGACAGUCGGACGCAAGAGGGAGCGCCUGUGUGUGGCCGGUGUGGCUACGUGGGUCACUCGCGAGAGACCCGCCGCCACCAGUCCAUGACGUGCCACAACUGCGGCGUUCACGGUCAUAUCGCUGUGGAGUGUGAAGCGGGACCCAACAACUACCAACGCGGCCCGGGAACGGUCGGCCGGAACGGUGGUCGUGGUGUUACCAAGUGCGCGUUCUGCGAGGAAGAAGGUCACCUUAUUGUAAAUGGCUCGAGUGGUGGUGAUCGCGACCGUGAAGCUGAAGGCGGGACGGUGACCACCGUUGAUGUUUGUGUGAAUGCAUCGAGGAAGCAGACCGAACCGGUGUCUACCCUGCGUGGAGCUUCAUGUGCUGAAAAGAAAAACAAGAAAAAGAAAGUCGGGUUCAAGAUCGUGGGGACGGAUGAAGAAGGAGAAGGAUUGGUUGCGGACGUCGAAGCCAAGGAAGUCGAAGUGGUCUACGAAGAUCUGGUCGCUGCGAGUCCAGAACGGUGUGAUGAGGUUGGGAACGGUGGGGAGACAACGGUCACGGGGCUGUCUGAGGAUUGCACCGUGUCGGAACCUCCUACGGUGACACGUGAAGAACGAAAUGCCGUUGUUGAAGUGACGCCACCAGAAGAGGUGGUGGCAUGGAAAGAUGAAGAAUACGAUGUGUCGGACUGCUUGUUCGCGGCUUGGACGGAUGAAGAGACCGUUCUUGCUGAGAGCAAGGGAGUGAACGGUACGGUCGAGGCCAGGACGGUCGAAACCAAAACGGUUGAGGCCAAGGAAUCCUCGAAGUACGACCGUUGGUUUACGGAUGAAGAACUGGAUCCUAUGGAUGACUGUGAGCCCGGGCUGGAGACGUCUGUUCUCGCUGGAACAGAUGUCGCCGCCGAGCCAGAAGAGUACGACAAGGAGCUUGAAGACCGGUUGUAUCCGCUGGACGAGGUCGAGUUGCUGAAGCGUGUCGAGCAGAACGCUAAAGCUCAGACCGAACCGUCUGCGGAAGAGCUGGCUCGCUUCUUGGGUAUCUCUCUGGAGGCCUUGGAGCGGACGCGCCAAGCUGCCUCCGACUACAUUGGAACGCCUGAGUACUGGCAAGAUUGGUACGGUGAUAUGCUGGAGAAGUCGGAGGAAGCCAAGCGUGCGAACCGAGACUUCCGGACUCCGGUGGCGAAUGUCGUCUAUGGUGAACAAGCCGCGCCAAGUGGAACGGUGAGGAAGGCCUUGGAGCGGUCAGGCGUCGGUAAUGAUACCCGCAGCUCUGAUGUCUCCUCCGAACGGUCGGAUUCUGAAAAUGAAACGGUCACAAGCGUGGUUAACACGGUCGUCGAGUCUUUCGUGUGCGAGAAUGGCUUGCGCCCUGCCGAUGAUCCGGGAUGA